GGUUUCCUUUGUGGCAAAAAGACGUUAGAGUAAGUUUCCUAACAAGUAUUGUGAAAAUAUUACUAUGUCUACAAUCACUAAAGAAGAUGUUGAAACGGUUAUUUAUCGCGCUGUCAGUCCCGACGCAAAAGUUUUGAAUUACAAAUUAGAACCUUUCACGCAAAUGAAAAAUGGUAUUCUCGGUUCCCAUACCCUAUUAAGCGUCAGAGUCUGCACUUCAUCCAGCAGAAAUGACGAUGUCAACGUGAGUACACGUACAUUUUUCUUGAAAACUCCACCAGACAGCGCAAUUCAAGAUUUAAUAAUGGAUGAAGGGAUAUUCGAGGAAGAAGUUAACUUUCACAAUGACAUACAACCGCUGAUGCUUGCAGAUUAUAACGGUGAAAAGUGGUGUCCUAAAUGUUAUUUAGCUAAAGGUAAUGCGCUUGUUUACGAGGAUCUACGAGUGCAAGGAUUCACUACGCCAACUGAAUUGCUAAUAAAUAAAACUUUUCUCAAAUCAGCACUAGCAACGCUAGCUCGAUUUCACGCAGCGUCACUUUUAGCUGAAGCUAAACUUGGUAGAUCCUUAAAACAAGCAUAUCCAAAGUAUUUUGCUGAAAAAUUAUAUUGCGAUCAUAAUAAACAUGGACGUCUAACAAAGGACGGCUUCGAAGCCAUAGUUCUGAUGGCAGAAAAGUUUGGUCUUGAUUCGAGCUUGGUGCUGCCACAUUUGUACAAUUGCGUGAGCAAUAAAGUGAAGCCUAAGAAAGGACACGUCAAUGUAGUAUGUCACAGCGAUCUAUGGAAAAAUAAUAUAAUGUUCAACCGUAGCAAUGAGUGUGUCAUGGUAGAUUAUCAAAUUUUGCGAUAUGCUUCACCAGCUGUGGAUGUUGCAAUGUUGGUUUACUUGAAUACGAUGCCAGAGUUUCGAAAGACUGGGGAAAUUGAGAUUUUCAAGCACUAUUAUUCAGUGUUUCAAGAGACAUUACGGAAAAGCAAGCGGGAUAUUCAGAUACCCUCUUAUGAUUACAUGUUAAAAGAGUAUUUGAAUCAUAGGAUAGUAGGAAUGACGUACGCUGCAUUAUAUUUGCCUGGAAUAUACUUAAAACCAGAUGAUAUUAUGAAGCUAAUGAAUGACCCUAAGGCACUGACGUAUUUCUUUUCCAAUCGAUUUAAAUUCAUAAAUCUUGAAAUAGAUUCGAAUCCUGUAUACGCGAUACGGCUAAAGGCAAUCCUGACGGAACUUUUAGAUGAAACACGACAAACAUUGAAUCCGUAGGACAUGUCACUGUUCAAUAUUGUUGUAACGAAUGUGGAGGUAACAUUGAUAAUUAUGUACUUGUGUUGGAUUUAAUGUUAAAUAUCUAUGUAUGUGAUCGAAAGAUGGUAAUUGGAUAAA